AUGGCUAUCGAAAAUGAAGCGACCGUUUCCUCCCCAUCCUUUAGCGCUAAACAUACCCUGUCAACCCUCACCAACGCGGCAGCCCUAUCGGAGUUCGAUGCAUUAGUCCGCCGCGGCCUCGUCGUCUACUCCCCCUGCAAGAUCGUGCGCCUCCAAGUUGACAACUUUCACUUCGAAUUUCGAAUCAGCCAAUCUCUCACCAACAAACCCCAAUCUGGAGAGGGUCUGAAACCGCCCAACGAAAACAGGACCAACCACAGCAGGAGCAGCAGCAACAGCAACAACAAUGACAAGGACAGCAGAAACAGCGAUAAUAAUGAUGCAUCCUCCAAACCAGCAACCUUCGGCCCCGGCAGCGACCUCGCCUGCCCCACGCCUGACCUCAUCAUCGCCACCAUUCACACGACCCACAUCCUCGUCCCGAACGGCUACAGCGUCUUCCGGCCGCAGUUCCUCCUCCUCACCCAGGACUCGUACCGGCGCCAGCACGAGAUCUUAGGCCGAGAGGACCUCGAAGCUGCGCGCGCCGUCCUCUGUGCAUUGGGUCAGGACAACGGUCGGCGCUACUUCGCCAUGUUCAACUGCGGGCGCACGGCCGGCGCCAGUCGCCAGCACAAGCACAUGCAUAUGAUCCCUUGUGUUGAUGACGAGGAAGAAAUAGAUCAAAUCAUAAAGUUGCCUACCGUGAGGAAGGGUGUAAAUGGCGACACCAAGGCACCAGCAUCAACCAUCCUCCCGAACAACCCCGCCCCAAGAUCCAGCGACAUCCCCUUUGCGCAUUUCCGCGCUCCGUUGUCACCCUCGGAAUUUCAGGAGCAGGCGUAUUCGGAGCGCGUGUUGGAUGCGUACCUCGGGCUUUUGGCGGAGAUGCGAUCCGCGCUGGGCGACAGAGGUGCAGGCGAUGCGGAGGGGAAUAUCCCGCACAAUGUGAUCCUGGUCGAGGAUUGGAUCAUGGUGAUCCCCCGGUCGAAGGAUCGGUAUCGGCCGGAUGUCGCGGUCAACGGGGCGGGGAUGGUGGGGUCGGUGUGGCUGGAUCGCGAGGAGAUCCUGUCGCGCUGGGUGGAGAUUGGGCCGGCAGAGGUCUUGCGCGGGGUGGGCUAUCCUCCGUUGACUUAG